UAGUUUGCAGGCAGUAAAAUUAUGGGGAAUAACAGUGGUGUCUCUAUUGAAGGACUUGGAACCUGUGAGAAUCAUCAGUGGUACAGGAAAUUCAGAACGGAAUGCCCAUCUGGACAGCUCACCUUUUGCGAAUUCAAACAGUUAUUCGGCCUGAAAAACCUAUCUGAAGCUUCUAAGGCCUACAUCAUGAGCAUGUUUGAAAUGUUGGAUAUGAAUGACGUAAGAUUACUUUUAUCUCGAUCACUAAUGUUCAUCGUUUAUACAGUGCCUAUAGAACGUCUACACCGCCCUUGGAUUUCUUCACAUUUUAUUGUUACACCUCUGCUGUUGUCAUUCUCCGGCAUCCCUGAAAAUAUUAGAUUGUUCCGCAUUGAUCGACACUGUGAGCUGUCCCUGGAGGAGUUCAUGGAGGGCAUCCAGAAUGAUGAGAAGCUGCUGGAGACACUGACCGAGAGUCUGGAUCUCAUACAUCAUCAGCAAGAUCCAGGUCGAGAUGAACCCCUAUUGUUGCAGCACAAGAAGAUUUUAUGA